AUGAAGGCAUUAAAGAGAAGUGGUUAUGAUUCCUUCGCAUACCUGGAUGAGACUUUGAUCAACCAAAACCACACAGUAGGGAAAUGUUGGAUUGACACCAACUCAGAGAAAGCCACCGGGAUUAAGCCCCCUACUGGGAAAGGUAGUCGAUUAAUCGUCCUUCAUGCUGGAACCAAAAACGGGUUUGUUCCGAAUUGCGAACUUGUUUUCCAAGCUAAAAACGAUGGCGAUUACCACAAACAAAGGAAUCAUACAGUAUUCAAGGAUUGGCUCAUUUCGCAGUUAAUUCCAAAUAUACCGGCAUCCUCGAUCAUAGUAAUGGACAAUGCCUCCUAUCACUCUUUUCAAAUUGACAAGCCACCUACUGCAUCCGAUAGAAAGGCAGUUAUCAAAGACUGGCUUAUCGCGAAAGGAGAAACCCCCGGAGACGAUCUCUUGAAGAAUGAUCUGCUUGCAAUGGUAAAGCAACAUACAUCAAGAUGGCCACGCAAGUAUGAAAUUGACAAUAUUGCGAGUGAACAUGGUCACAAAGUGGUAAGACUUCCUCCAUACCAUUGUCAAUAUAACCCAAUAGAAUUAAUAUGGAGCCAGGUCAAACAGUAUGUCGCAAAGAAGAAUAAUUUUAAAAUGUCUGACCUCAAACCACUUGUAAGUGAAGCGUUAAAUCAAGUAACAGCAAAAAACUGGAAAAAUGCAGUUAAUCAUGCAGAGACUCUUCAACAGGAAGAUACGCCACAGGAUUUAGCCAUUGAUAAUUUUGUUGAUUCCUUUAUUAUAAAUCUAGAAUCAUCUGAUGAAGAGGAAUUAGGCUAA